AUGGCAAACGCCUGCCUGGCUUGUUUGUCGACCAUCGACCAGUGGUGCCAUAUUUCCGACUGUCUAGGCUCUCUGGGGGGUAACCCGAGGGAUGGCAUCUACGAAACCACCCUGCAAGAUAGCGAGCGCGAGGCAGUAGCCGACCUUUUGCAGUACCUCGAAAACCGCGCUGAGACCGACUUUUUCGCCGGCGAACCGCUUCGAGCCUUGAGCACCUUGGUAUAUUCCGACAAUGUUGAUUUGCAAAGGAGUGCUAGCUUGACGUUUGCCGAAAUCACGGAGCGAGAUGUACGCGAGGUGGAUCGAGAUACUCUCGAGCCGAUUCUUUCUCUGCUCCAAAGUCCAGAUAUCGAAGUUCAAAGAGCCGCAAGCGCAGCACUGGGGAAUCUUGCUGUAAACACUGAAAACAAAGUGUUGAUCGUCUCGCUGGGCGGUCUCAACCCAUUGAUCCGACAAAUGAUGUCGCCCAACGUCGAAGUACAGUGCAAUGCCGUCGGAUGCAUUACAAACCUCGCGACCCACGAAGAAAACAAGUCGAAAAUUGCUCGGUCUGGAGCCCUGGGCCCUCUCACGAGACUAGCCAAGUCCAAGGAUAUGCGUGUGCAACGGAAUGCGACUGGUGCUCUUUUGAACAUGACACACUCUGAUGAGAACCGUCAAGAGCUGGUCAAUGCUGGUGCCAUCCCUGUGCUAGUCCAGCUGCUCUCGUCUCAAGAUGUCGACGUGCAAUAUUACUGCACGACGGCCCUCAGCAACAUCGCCGUUGAUUCUGCUAAUCGUAAACGGCUCGCACAGACCGAGUCACGCCUAGUCCAGUCUCUUGUCCAACUAAUGGACUCGUCUACACCCAAAGUACAGUGCCAAGCAGCCCUUGCCCUCCGAAACCUGGCAUCCGAUGAAAAGUACCAGCUGGAAAUUGUUCGUGCCAAAGGUCUCCCACCUCUUUUACGCCUUCUUCAGUCUUCAUAUCUCCCUCUCAUUCUAUCCGCCGUGGCCUGUAUCCGAAACAUCUCGAUCCACCCCCUCAAUGAAUCACCGAUCAUUGACGCAGGCUUCCUGAAGCCCCUCGUCGAUCUUCUUGGCUCUAAGGACAGUGAAGAGAUCCAGUGCCACGCUAUCUCGACUCUCCGUAACUUGGCGGCCAGCUCCGAUCGGAACAAAGAGCUCGUUCUUCAAGCGGGGGCUGUCCAAAAAUGCAAAGACCUUGUCCUAACCGUCCCUGUUAUUGUCCAGUCUGAGAUGACCGCUGCGAUUGCCGUUCUCGCUCUCAGUGACGAAUUAAAACCCCAGCUUCUCAGUCUCGGCGUUUUCGACGUAUUGAUUCCUCUUACAGCUUCGGAUAGUAUCGAAGUACAGGGCAACAGUGCCGCUGCUUUGGGGAACCUCUCUUCCAAGAUUGGGAAUUAUUCGAUCUUCAUCCGGGAUUGGAAGGAGCCAGAUGAAGGCAUUCACGGAUACCUCACUCGAUUCCUUGAUAGCGGCGACCCUACAUUCCAACACAUUGCUAUCUGGACAUUACUGCAGCUUCUGGAGUCGGACGAUGAGGGUCUCGUUGAGCUGAUUUCCAAAUCGGACGAUGUCGUCCAGCUCGUCAAGCGAAUUUCCGAUAGGAAUAUCGAGUCCGACGACGAGGAAGUGGAUGAAGGCGAAGGCGAGGUUGUUGCGCUGGCACGACGAUCUCUCGAAAUCCUUGGCCAAGGACCAAAACAGACAUUGGUCGAAGGGUAG